AUGUUUGCGCAAAUUCCCCUUCCAGGCCGUACUGAAGCCACAAUACAAACACUUGAAGGGAAGUUCGCCCCCAGUGUGUGUGAACUUGUGGAUAAUUUUAGUGCUUUAGCCAACAAAAUUCCGAGCUUUCCUAGAAGAGUGUCUGCUUGUGGAUAUCUGACGGCGUUGGAAGUACUAGUGGACAGCAACCCUUCUGAUUAUUUCGGUACGCAAAUUGCCGCAAUCGGGCACAGGGUACUCAUCCACAAUUCGUACUAUUUUUCGGACUGGAGCGCCCAGAAUAUGUUAACGGAAAAAGGGAUUAUGAACCUGAUUGGAAUCACUCCUUCCGUCACCUACUCCACCCCAACACUUUUGUGGGUGUAUCCCGUUUUAUUACUACCACCGUACCACGAAACGGGAACUUACCCCAAAACGCGCAUUUGUAACCUGAGGGAUAUCCACUGUCUGACGGAACACAGACCUUUAAUAAUGAAUUCGGUGCCCGGGUUUGACUUUAGUACCAUUUCUCCAAACCACGAAUGGGGCACGGAACAACACGUGUGCAAAAUGUGCUUGCCUGACUGCGACUACGUUGACUAUUCGGCGGAAUCGUCGUCUGGAAUAUUCACAAGGAAGUACUCAAGUAAUCAGUUGAAUUUAUUCGGAGGGGUUGUCAUUCAGCACCAAAGCGUCGUGAGAGUGUACUUCAACGAUUUAGUGGCCACCAAAAAUCGACGGGAUGUUGUCUUCAGCUGGCAUACUUUACUGGCCUUUUAUGGGGGUCUGUUAGGACUCUUUAUUGGAUUCAGCUUCGUUUCUGCUGUCGAACUGGUUUACUUCUUCACAAUUCGCCUCCUACUGGACAUAAAACACAAAAACGAAGCGGCCCAGACUAAAAAAGCCACACAUUUAGUCAACGUGAAGCCACACCAGGAAGAAAUUCUUAAUCCGAGACACCUCAUGACUUAUCAUCGCGACAAAUUUAAUCUGAGGCGUCGAAGCAAUUCCAAUUCUUAA